CAUGAAGAAAUCAAGACAGAAGGCAAUGUUUCCAAGGUGAUGCAGUUUGUCCUGCUGGGAUUCUCUGACCUUCCCAAACUCCAAGGGCUCCUGUCUGGUGUAUUCUCUAUCAUUUACUUAAUUAUACUGAUUGGAAAUUGUCUCAUAAUUAUAAUAACUAAGAUGGACUCUGCGUUACAGAAACCCAUGUACUUCUUCUUGGCAAAUUUUUCUUUUCUUGAAAUCUGCUAUGUAACAGUCACUGUCCCUAGGAUUCUGUUUAACAUUUGGACUCAGGAUAGACACAUUUCUAUAAUGGCCUGUGGGGUCCAAAUGUGCUUCUUCCUUAUGUUGGCAACUACUGAAUCUUUACUCCUGGCUGUGAUGUCCUAUGACCGCUAUGUUGCCAUUUGCAACCCUCUACUCUACCCUGUGGUCAUGAACCCAACAAAGUGCACUCAUCUGGUAACAGGCUCCUGGCUUGGUGGCAUUCCAGUCCAGAUUGGACAAACCUUUCAGAUAUUUUCUCUGGACUUCUGCAAUUCUAAUAGAAUAGACCACUUCUUCUGUGAUGUACCUCCCAUUCUCAACCUGGCUUGUGGGGACACAUCAGUGCAUGAGCUGUCUGUCUAUGUGAUUGUUAUGGUGGUUGGUGCUGUCCCAUUCGUACUGGUGCUUACUUCUUACAGCAGAAUCAUUGCCACCAUCGUGAGGUUGCCAACAGCCAAAGGACGGGGCAAAGCCUUCUCUACGUGUUCUUCCCACCUACUGGUGGUGAUUUUGUUUUAUGGAUCUGCUGCUAUUACCUACUUUCGUCCCAAAUAUACCCAUUCUCCAGGUACCGACAAACUGCUCUCUCUGUUCUAUACCAUUGUGACCCCUAUGUUCAAUCCUAUGAUAUACACCUUUAGGAACAAGGAUGUGAUUUCAGCCCUGAGAAAAAUAUUACUUAAAAAAUAG